AUGGGCAUUGCGGGUUUUUGGGAACUCGUCGACCGGGCAGGCGUCGAGAGAUCCUUUGCACAAUGGGCCACUGAUCACUUGAAGGAACAAAAGCGACCACUUCGCAUCGCUGUCGAUGCAGCCCAUUGGCAGUUCAAGAAUGUCUCUGACGCCCAGGAAGCUGCUAUUCAACAACAAUCACCAGGUUCCCACCCACGAGAGAAGGCCAUCCUCGAACGUUUGCUGCCGUUGAUGCGGCUCGGUAUCCAUGUGGUAUUUGUCUUCGACGGGGAACAGCGUCCACAAAUCAAGCGGGGCUCCAAACGGUAUGGCCAACGAGGAUCAACCAGCGCCCUCUUAAAGAAUACACUGGAUCACAUUCUCGUACCUUGGCUCCAAGCACCAGGCGAAGCGGAGGCCGAGUGCGCUUUACUCCAGCAAGAAGGUAUCGUCGACGCAGUCUGGUCUGAGGAUGGCGAUUGUUUCAUGUUCGGCUCCACUGUUGUCAUCAGAGACCUGCGGGAUACCAAGAACCACAAGUUCAAGGAACAUGCGCGAAUCUUCGACAUGAGAGGCAUCCGUCGCUUGAAUGCUGGGUUUUACAAUAAGAAAAGCGUCACCUGUUUCGCCAUGCUUACCGGAUGCGACUACGCCCCUUCUGGACUUUUAGGCUGCGGGACACGUCUGGCUCAAGAGCUUGUCAAAGACGGAGACCUUGUCGAGGGGUUCUGGCGUAUUCAGACGCUUCCUCAAGCGAAUCAAUGGCGAUCGCGUUUGGAGGAUUCGAUUGAGGACAUCACCAGCCGGACGAAUCUGCACUUCAACACGGAAAAGUCCAACAUCAUGACUUUCCCUGAUCUUCGGGCCCUCAAGAAUUGUCGCUCGCCAGUCGUGUCAACCUUGGCUACACUCGGAAGGCUCUCUUUCCUGCAGGAUGAGUGGUAUGGCACCCACACAACGAAUAGCCUGGCAACCACGAUUCCUUGGAUGCAGCAAUACUACUUUUCAAGAAUGACCACUGUUUGGUGGGUCAGGCAGUUUACGCCUAUGGUAUUGAACCAGAGGCUUCUCAAAGGCGAAGCUCAGGCUCUAGAUCUCGUCGCCAAGGUUGCACAAAAACGCAAGGAGAGCCCAACGAGUUCCAUCGAACUCGACCCCUGUAUUGUGUUUCCCGGUAUCGAGAGUGUCUUCAUCGAAUCCGAGGGAAAUCUUUUAGUGAACAGAUGGCGAAACGAUCGCGAGUCGGCGGGCAGUCCGAUCAAGAAUGGGAAGUUUGACAUGCUGGAUGCAUUUCUAGGGCUUGGGAUGUCCGACGAAGCGUACCAGGCGUGGAGGAAGAAAAAGCGUUCACCUUCAGCAGCCAAAAUUCAUCCGGCACAUUCAGCGCGGGCAAGUCCGCCUCCUCAGAUGAGUCUUGGCCGCCAAAUACAUUUCCCGAACAGUUUUCAGGCGAACGGCGGUGUUCUUGAAGACUCAAUGGAGCUCUCGCACAUCGCCUUUGAUGCCAAUGGUGGCGCCGAAACCAUUCCGCCAGACCUUCUGAGGCUCCAAGAGCAGAUUCUUGCGGACUGCCAGGCGAACAAGAUUCGCACACCCGCUAUAGAGCUUCGAAGUCAUAGUCAAGUUGGUCAGGACAAGUCUCUAAUUGACAGCAGACACUCUGAGGGGUUGGUCGCGCCCUUGCUGGUCCACAAGCAUGCCAUAAUGGCGACUACGAGCCCUUCAGGUCGUUCCAUGUCCAAGGCUGCAACGACGGCGAGUCUCGCUGAUAUUAGAAACAAACGACUUCCAAAGUUCGAAGCGAAGCGAGGCAUAGAAAAGACAUCGAGAGGUACGGGAUACGAUGGAAGCAUUGCUCUUCGAUACGGCAGCGCUUACAGCCUCGACGACGACGACGACGAUACUCUCCACGAGUCGACGUCCGCCAAGAAGAGAAGGCUGGAGGAAACCACUGCGGAAGAUGUACGAACCGAGGCCGCCGGGAUGAGAGCAAGGCGCAUGCUUCUUGAGAUUGAGCUGGACUCCUCCCAGGGUUCCAUUCGGAUUGCCAAGGCGAAAGGAGACGGGCGAUGCAAGUCUACAGCACGGGAAGCUGUGACAGGUGCCGCUGAAGCGCGGAUGAAUGGUGGCGGCACAGUUGACGAUCCAUUCGAGAUCUCGUAA